UAUCCAGGUUGGAAAAUUAAUCCAACACUAUACCAAUGCAAAUUAAUUAAAAUCCUUUUUUCAUCUAUGCUAAAAUGAAUUCAACCACAUGAAGAGGAUGCGGGUAGACUACAUUGGAGAUGCACCUCGCAGACCUCUGAGUCAGAGGCACGCAACCCAUUCCCUUUCCAUGCCCUCUCAACUUAACGUUUGGACAGAUGGGUUUUUGCCGCGCCGCCAUUUUUCUAGACACUGUAGGUCGCCCAGAUAUAUGAACUGCGAUGGGUUCAAGCUAUACAGCAAUCUUAUGACUCAUAAUAUGAGUUGCCGCUCUUGAGCUGCGUUUCCUCGUCUAGGUAGGAAAUGUACUGGGCUUUCCCGGCAACAUAAAACAACAUAUCUAGCCGCCAACUGCCGGUACCGGAAAGUAUGUAAUAUACGCAACCAUUUUUUCAAAGAUAUUUCCACUCUAUACCGUUGUAAAUAUGAUGAAUAUCUACAGUCAACACUUUCCACCAAAGGCCCAUUUCACUGAGGCCAGCAUUCCUGACCUCACUGGCAAGGUGUACAUUGUCACAGGCUCCAACACGGGAAUAGGGAAAGAGGUAGCCAAGAUAUUAUACAGCAGAAAUGCAACAGUCUGGAUUGCUGCCCGAGAUGACCAAAGAGCUACGCAAGCCAUUGAUGACAUUCGCAACGACCAUGCAGAGUCCAAGGGAACCUUGAAAUAUCUCCAUCUGGACUUGAGUGACCUUUCCACUAUACCGACCUCAGCACAGACCUUCCUCAGGCAAGAGACACGACUAGAUGCCUUGUUCAACAAUGCCGGAGUGAUGAUACCAUCGCCUGGUUCUGCAACAAAGCAGGGAUACGAGUUACAAAUGGGCGUGAAUUGUUUAGGCCAUUUCCUAUUCACCAAGGUAUUGAACCCAAUACUACUGGACACAGCCAAGUCGGCGCGGUCUGGAUCGGUAAGAGUAAUCUGGGUGUCCAGUUCCGCAGUCGAAGGUCUUGCACCGCAUGGUGGCGUGGAUAUGGACAAUAUCGAGUACACGCAGGAGAGAAGCGUAUACGCAAAGUAUGGCAUAAGCAAGGCCGGCUGCUACUUUUAUGCCACCGAAUUUGCACACAGAGUGGAAGGAUCUGGCAUUAUUAGUAUUUCACUCAAUCCUGGCGAGCUUUCCACGGAGCUGGAUCGCACAGCUCCUUGGUGGGUUGUCGGGAUCCGCAGACUAAAGUGUUACCCGCCUGUAUUUGGCGCGUAUACAGAGCUUUUUGCUGCAUUUUCAGACGAAGUUACUACGACGAUGCCAACAGCCUGGAUUGUACCCUGGGGACGGUUCUUACCGAUGCGUAAAGAUAUACUUGAAGGGGCAGUUUCCGUCGCCGAGGGUAGUACUGGCAUAGCGACCAAGUUCUGGCAAUGGUCUGAAGAACAGGUCGCACCAUAUGCUAAGUAG